UCGCGUUCAAGACAUUGAUUGCAUUACAGCCACACGCAUCAUCACAUCUCGACUAGCUCGAUCAUCUUCUUUGUCUACACUACAUCACUGACACACUUCGAUUGUGCAACUCACUUACUUCUCUUCACCUUUACCACCAUUCAUAGGACAGUGCGAGAAUGAUCAUUGCGUCUUCUCUCGCAUAAGCCUUGGUCAGUGACCACGACGUCCGACUGGACCUACCAAGCGGAAGGCUAUCACACCCACAUCGAUCUUGUCUCAGGAAUAGAGAUAUGGAAUCAAUGAAGCGACACAUUGCACCACUGAAGAUCGAAAAGGGAAACCUUAACUACAACUACGACGACCAACAACAUCACUAUCAUUACCAGCACAAUCUUGAAAUGAGCCCUCCGUUAACACCUUACGAAAACAAAGACGACAGCAUGGAGCAAUCAGAGACGCCGAGGGCCGUCUUCCACAACUACCUCCGUGCAUUCUACCCUUAUCACCCCUCCGGAAAUGUGUCCCCGUCGACUGUCACCCUCCCCUUGGACCAAGGCGACAUCGUCCUAGUGCAUUCUGUCCACACCAAUGGUUGGGCCGACGGUACACUAUUAGAUACUGGAGCUCGGGGCUGGCUACCCACCAACUACUGCGAAGCGUAUGACCAACAGCCUAUGCGGCCGCUCCUGAAGGCGUUGACCGACUUUUGGGAUAUCAUCAGAGGAGGCUGUGGAUUCCCUCUGAACGACGCGGGCAACCAGGAUCUUGUACGAGGCUUGAUUGCUGGCGUGCGCUACCUAUUGCAAAAAUCUGAAUGUCUCACACGGGAUUGUAUCCUGGUCACCAGUCACGACGGUCUGCGCAGGAAUCGCAAGGCGUUGCUGGCUGAGCUCUCAUCUCUGGUCCGGACCACCAAGAGGUUCCAGGAGGUUGCCAGCGGCAAUGCGACGCAGGAUGAAAUGGACUACAUGGUCGACGAAAUGCUCCUCAAGGCCUUCCGCAUUGUAACGCGAGGUGUUCGUUUUCUCGAUGUGUGGACCGAGGAAGUUGGCCUGAGCAGAACGAUCGCCGAGCUAGAGCAGCAAUCAGGCUACCAGCAAGGCCCACUCACUACGGUUUCUGAGACUCGCCCCAUUUCGGAAGCUGCUGGCUCCGAGGCCGACACCGAGCGCAACGAGUCUAGACUCAUGAACCGUAGCCGAUUGGAUAUGAGCCGAGCAUCCACUCGCCUGGACGACUCUCAACAGACCCGUCCGGUGUCUGUGACCACUAAGCGGAUCUCUGUCUCCCACCGGGUCUCAACUUCGGGACCGGCCGCGAUUGCCCGCAACCCCAACCUCGCGUCCGAACGACUGAACGAUGCCUACGAUGCAUUUCUCGGUGUGCUGGGCUCCUUUAUUGGGCUUCAUCUGCAAUCCCGCUCCUCGACGGAAUUGGUCGUGACCACGGAGCAGGCGGUGCGCUCGUGUCGCGCGCUGCUCACCGUCGUGGAGGCCACUUGCGAACAUGACCCGCAGGGCAGUGGGCUCCUGGAGCAAGCUAGAGACACUAUGUAUGAACGCCUCUCCGAAUUGGUCUAUGCGGCCCGGGACGCCUUCCGACCGGCCCAUUCUCCAGAUGAUGAGCUUGUAUUUUUGCCUGAUGAAGGAAAGCGCUUGGUGGAUGCCGCCACUGAUUGCGUGCGAGCAGCGGGGAGCUGCCUGGCCAAAGCUCGACUGAUGCUGGAGCAAUGCGGUGAUUUCGAGCUGGAGGCAAUGCCCCAGGAUUUGCCUGCUGCGACCGGCGCAAUGACCGACGCCAACAAAACCCCGCAACCCCCGAAGACAAGCACCUUUGCUGGUCACCAGAACCGAUCUCAAGAAGCUUCUUUGCGUUUGCCCCCGCCUCCUCUACAAAUUCCCAACUCCAUCAACAACCGAUACUCUCCUCCAACCCCAGGUCUGACGGAUGACACUACUCCCUCGUCCUUCCAGUCGCGUAAUGGGGCUAGCACUCCCGGCACCGACAUGUCCUCCUUUCCAUCCACCAGCCACCUCUCCACCAGCCUGGAUAAGCUAUCCUUUUCGUCUCACGAUACCCAACCCAUUGAAAUUCCCCCUUAUAGGGACAGCCAAGCUAAGUCCGAUGUUAGUGAGUCCUUUGGCCGAGGCAUCACUAGCAAUGGAAGUAGCUUUACAUUCAACAGCCGUCUCCGUGACUCGGAGAUGAGUGGUGUCUCCCAGACUUCCACUCGCGCGACCUCGCCCGACAUUGGCAAUCAUUACCAGGUCCCCUCUCUUAAGGGCAGCAUCAGUCAUUCUACCCUAGCCGAGGAAACGGAAGAAGGAGAAGCCAACAUUCUGGAGAAGACUUACGCGCACGAGCUGAUCUUCAAGGAUGGCCAGAUCAUGGGCGGAAGUUUACGCGCGCUCGUGGAGAAGCUGACUGCACACCAGUCUACUCCAGACGCGAUGUUCGUUUCGACCUUCUAUCUCACUUUCCGUCUUUUCGCUACCCCAAUUGAGUUUGCGGAGACUUUGGUUGAUAGAUUCAACUACAUCGGAGACACUCCUCACACUGCCGGGCCUGUUCGUCUUCGUGUUUACAACGUCUUCAAAGGCUGGCUUGAAUCCCACUGGCGUCACGACUGCGAUAACUGUGCCCUCGAAUACAUUGUGAACUUCGCCAGCACGACCCUCAUGCACAACCUUCCGUCUGCUGGAAAGCGGCUUGUCGAGCUUGCCGAAAAGGUCUCGAUGGUUCACGGACCGGUCGUACCGCGUCUGGUGUCUUCCAUGGGAAAGACCAACACUGCAACUGCACAAUAUGUGCACCCAGACACACCUCUGCCACCCCCCAUCCUGGGAAAGAAGGAAGUCAACCUCCUGAAGCAGUGGAAGAACGGCGAAGGCACAAUCACCAUCCUGGAUUUCGACCCGAUGGAACUCGCUCGCCAGUUCACAAUCAAGGAGUCGCGCAUCUUCUGCGCUAUUCUUCCCGAAGAGCUGCUGGCCACGGAGUGGAUGAAGAAGUCCGGUUCCUUGGCUGUCAACGUCAGGGCUAUGGCCACCUUGUCCACGGAUCUGACACAUCUUGUAGCAGAUUCAAUUCUCCAGCUGGAGGAGCCCAAGAAGCGUGCAGCGAUCAUCAAGCACUGGGUCAAGAUUGCGAACAAGUGCCUGGAGCUCAGCAACUACGACUCAUUGAUGGCCAUCAUCUGCUCCUUGAAUUCAUCCAUGAUCUCCCGCUUGAAGCGGACCUGGGAAGUGGUGUCCCAGAAGACCAAAACCACCCUUGAAUACCUGCGAGGCAUUGUCGAUGUUUCACGAAACUACUAUGUUCUCCGGCAGCGACUGCAGAACCGCGUUCCUCCUUGCCUGCCUUUCGUCGGCACCUACCUCACAGAUCUCACCUUCGUGGAUCACGGCAAUCAGGCACUACGUACCUUGCCCACAGAUGAGGGUGACAUGGCCGUCAUCAACUUUGACAAGCACAUGAAGACUGCCAAGAUCAUCAGCGAGCUACAGCGAUUCCAGAUUCCGUACCGACUGACCGAAGUCCCGGAACUGCAGGCGUGGAUGCAGAAUGAGCUCGUCCGUGUGCGAUCGAGCGGCGAAAAGAGUCUGCAGACAUUCUAUCGCCGGUCGCUGGUCCUGGAGCCCCGGGAAGUGCCCCAAGCGCGCAUGCAGCCUGAAUCCAGCUCCUCUUCAAUUCUCGAGAACGCCAAAGACAAGUUCGACUUUCUUUCCUGGACACAUCCCUCCAAGUCCAAGUCGGUCGCGACGAACGGUUGAAACAGGUCGUAUCCCACUCAUUCGUCACGGCCGCCAAUUUAAUGAAUUUACGACAGUCACUUCUAUUCAUGUUUUCACGGAUUUUCACCCAAUUACCCAUUUUUAUUCCCAUCUCUUCCUUCUCAUACACACGUUUUACUCUCGCACUUCCGCUGUGUAUAACCUUUUCGCUCUCACCCUCCUCCAUCCACAUCUCUUAUAAUUUCUAUUAUCUC